AUGCGGGGGAAAGAUACAUUGAGUAGGAUGAGAGGAGAGGGAGGAAACCAGCUGUUGAUUAGGCAGAAACAAGACUUUGCUCAACUUCACAUGUUGUCAUUUAUACUGGACAUUCAUGAACUUCAGGCAGUGAGCUUUAAGGAUAUGUGAUGUGUUACACAAGGGGACUAUAGAAUGAAGUCGUUUUUUUAAACUGUAUGAACUAUCUGAAUUGAUUCUGUGUGAUCGUCCUCCUGCAGGUGAAUAAGGAGUGUGUCCGUGGUUUGUGGGCGGGACAGCAGCAGGAGCUGGUUUUCUUACGGAACAGGAACCCGGAACGCGGAAGCAUCCAGAACGCCAAACAGGCGCUACGCAACAUGAUCAACUCCUCAUGUGACCAGCCCAUUGGAUACCCCAUCUACGUGUCGCCCCUGACUACGUCCUAUUGCAACUCCCACACACAGCUAGGUCACAUCCUGGGAGGACCUAUCAGCAUCGGGAAUAUAAGGAACUUCAUCGUCAGUACCUGGCACAGGUAGGAUUCUGGGUAUGUCCCAAAGUGUACACUUGUUCACUUCCCUUCACUAAUUGAAAAAGCAAUGACUGGUAUAAGAAUAUUGGUGGAAACUCCCAUUUAACCCAUGCCUCUACCAAGCCAAUGCUUUUAGAUUUGUGGGAAGCAGUGAAGGAGUGAAGCAGUGAAGGAGUGUACACUUCAGGAGGAAGGAGAAAUUAUUGGGAAGCACCCCCUCUCUCUAAAAUGUAUUCUAGGGAGUUAACUUGCCACUGUGGUUCUGCUUGCUUUUUGGGGUGUUGGCCUGGUUACUGUAAAACACUGUGCUUGCUUUUUGGGGUGUUGGCCUGGUUACUGUAAAACACUGUGCUUGCUUUUUGGGGUGUUGGCCUGGUUACUGUAAAACACUGUGCUUGCUUUUUGGGGUGUUGGCCUGGUUACUGUAAAACACUGUGCUUGCUUUUUGGGGUGUUGGCCUGGUUACUGUAAAACACGGUGCUUGCUUUAUGGGGUGUUGGCCUGGUUACUGUAAAAACACUGUGCUUGCUUUAUGGGGUGUUGGCCUGGUUACUGUAAAACACUGUGCUUGCUUUAUGGGGUGUUGGCCUGGUUACUGUAAAACACUGUGCUUGCUUUAUGGGGUGUUGGCCUGGUUACUGUAAAACACUGUGCUUGCUUUUUGGGGUGUUGGCCUGGUUACUGUAAAACACUGUGCUUGCUUUAUGGGGUGUUGGCCUGGUUACUGUAAAACACUGUGCUUGCUUUAUGGGGUGUUGGCCUGGUUACUGUAAAACACUGUGCUUGCUUUAUGGGGUGUUGGCCUGGUUACUGUAAAACACUGUGCUUGCUUUAUGGGGUGUUGGCCUGGUUACUGUAAAACACUGGGCUUGCUUUUUGGGGUGUUGGCCUGGUUACUGUAAAACACUGUGCUUGCUUUUUGGGGUGUUUGGCCUGGUUACUGUAAAACACUGUGCUUGCUUUUUGGGGUGGCCUGGCCUGUGCUUGCUUUAUGGGGUGUUGGCCUGGUUACUGUAAAACACCUGUUGAUGUAUUUCUGUCAUUAUUUGUGCCAGUGGGGUGUCACUGUGUCCUCUCUGAACGUUCCUUCUGUAAUCCAACCACAGUUAGAGCAAUGGACUUUACUUAAUAGGUUUAUUAGUCAGGUUCAAUGCACAUUAGUCAACGAUUCUGUAAAUGUGCCAGAUUUAGCCAGCCGGAUGAUCCCGCUUGCUCUCUCGAUCUGUUCCCCCCCAUCUCUCUCUUACUCUCUCUCUCUCUCUCUCUCUGUUCCCCCUCCCUCCUUCCCCCUCUCUCGCCUUCUCUCUCUCUCUCCCCCUCUCUCUCUGUUCCCCCCCAUCUCUCUCCCUCUGUCUGUUCCCCCCUCUCUCCCCCUCGCUCUCGCUCUCUCUGUUCCCCAUUUCUCUCUCCCCUCUCUCUCUCUUCCGCCCUCUCCCAUCUCUCUCAUUCUCUUCUACCCCUCGCUCCCCCCCAUCUCUCUCUCUGUCUUCACCCCCCCCCCCCCCCCUCUCUCUCUCUCUAGAUUGCGUAAGGGCUGUGGUGCUGGCUGUAACAGUGGUGGGAACAUUGAGGACUCUGAUGCAGGGGGCUUGUCCUGUGCCAGUGGUAACGGGACAGGGCUGAGCGGUGACUCCCAGCAGAGCUCGGUGUCCCAGGGGGGGCUGUCUGGACCGGCCGCUCCCCUGGCCUACCAGCCACACAAUAUGGGUGAGGACCACCACCACGUACAUCACCAUGGACACCACCACCAGGGCUGGGGUGAGUCCUUUUCAAUUCUGAAAUGUAAAAGGAAUUUCCUGAAUUAACUGAAAAUAAACACAUCUCUAAAACAAAAAACUGUGUGCCACUUGACCAGUUUGUUAUUGAAGAAUUCUGAUGUGUUCCCAUCUGACCUGGUGAUCUUCUCUCCUCUCCAUACAGGCACCAACUAACCUGUAUCUCUCUUGUCCUCUCCAUACAGGCACCAACUAACCUGUAUCUCUCCUGUCCUCUCCAUACAGGCACCAACUAACCUGUAUCUCUCCAUACAGGCACCAACUAACCUGUAUCUCUCCAUACAGGCACCAACUAACCUGUAUCUCUCCAUACAGGCACCAACUAACCUGUAUCUCUCCAUACAGGCACCAACUAACCUGUAUCUCUCCUGUCCUCUCCAUACAGGCACCAACUAACCUGUAUCUCUCCAUACAGGCACCAACUAAACCUGUAUCUCUCCAUACAGGCACCAACUAACCUGUAUCUUCCAUACGCACCAUAACUGAUCGUCUCUCCUCAGGACCAACAACUGUAUCUCUCCUGUCCUCUCCAUACAGGCACCAACUAACCUGUAUCUCUCCUGUCCUCUCCAUACAGGCACCAACUAACCUGUAUUCUCCAUACAGGCACCAACUAACCUGUAUCUCUCUGUCCUCUCCAUACAGGCACCAACUAACCUGUAUCUCUCCUCGUCCUUUCUCCAUACAGGCACCAACUAACCUGUAUCUCUCCUGUCCUCUCCAUACAGGCACCAACUAACCUGUAUCUCUCCUGUCCUCUCCAUACAGGCACCAACUAACCUGUAUCUCUCCUGUCCUCUCUCCAUACAGGCACCAACUAACCUGUAUCUCUCCUGUCCUCUCCAUACAGGCACCCAAACUAACGACCUGUAUCUCUCCUGUCCUCUCCAUCCAGGCACCAACUAACCUGUAUCUUCCUGUCCUCUCCAUACAGGCACCAACUAACCUGUAUCUCUCCUGUCCUCUCCAUACAGGCACCAACUAACCUGUAUCUCUCCUGUCCUCUCCAUACAGGCACCAACUAACCUGUAUUCUCUCCUACAGCCACUACCUGACUCUCCAUCACAGGCACCAACUAACCUGUAUCUCUCCUGUCCUCUCCAUACAGGCACCAACUAACCUGUAUUUUCCUCCAUCCACAGCACCAACUAACCUGUAUCUCUCCUGUCUCUCCAUACCAGGCACCAACUAACCUGUAUCUCUCCUGUCCUCUCCAUACAGGCACCAACUAACCUGUAUCUCUCCUGUCCCACUUCCAUACAGGCACCAACUAACCUGUAUCUCUCCUGUCCUCUCCAUCCAGGCACCAACUAACCUGUAUCUCUCCUGUCCUCUCCAUACAGGCACCAACUAACCUGUAUCCUCUUCCUCAGGCACAACUACCUGUCCUCUCCAUACAGGCACCAACUAACCUGUAUCUCUCCUGUCCUCUCCAUCAGGCACCACUAACUUAUCCUGUCUCUCUGGCCUCCUGUCUCCUUCUCCAUACAGGCACCAACUAACCUGUAUCUCCCGUCCUCUCCAUCAGGCACCAACUAACCUGUAUCUCUCCAUACAGGCACCAACUAACCUGUAUCUCUCCUGUCCUCUCCAUACAGGCACCAACUAACCUGUAUCUCUCCUGUCCUCUCCAUACAGGCACCAACUAACCUGUAUCUCUCCUGUCCUCUCAUCAGGCACCAACUAACCUGUAUCCUCUCCCUCAUACAGGCACCAACUAACCUGUAUCUCUCCUGUCCUCUCCAUACAGGCACCAACUAACCUGUAUCUCUCCUGUCCUCUCCAUACAGGCACCAACUAACCUGUAUCUUCUCCUCUCUCCAUCCAGGCACCAACUAACCUGUAUCUCUCCUGUCCUCUCCAUACAGGCACCAACUAACCUGUAUCUCUCUGUCCUCUCCAUACAGGCACCAACUAACCUGUAUCUCUCCUGUCCUCUCCAUACAGGCACCAACUAACCUGUAUCUCUCCUGUCCUCUCCAUCCAGGCACCAACUAACCUGUAUCUCUCCUGUCCUCUCCAUACAGGCACCAACUAACCUGUAUCUCUCCUGUCCUCUCCAUACAGGCACCAACUAACCUGUAUCUCUCCUGUCCUCCCCAUACAGGCACCAACUAACCUGUAUCUCUCCUGUCCUCUCCAUACAGGCACCAACUAACCUGUAUCUCUCUGUCCUCUCCAUACAGGCACCAACUAACCUGUAUCUCUCCUGUCCUCUCCAUACAGGCACCAACUAACCUGUAUCUCUCCUGUCCUCUCCAUCCAGGCACCAACUAACCUGUAUCUCUCCUGUCCUCUCCAUACAGGCACCAACUAACCUGUAUCUCUCCUGUCCUCUCCAUACAGGCACCAACUAACCUGUAUCUCUCCUGUCCUCUCCAUACAGGCACCAACUAACCUGUAUCUCUCCUGUCCUCUCCAUACAGGCACCAACUAACCUGUAUCUCUCCUGUCCUCCCAUACAGGCACCAACUAACCUGUAUCUCUCCUGUCCUCUCCAUCCAGGCACCAACUAACCUGUAUCUCUCCUGUCCUCUCCAUCCAGGCACCAACUAACCUGUAUCUCUCCUGUCCUCUCCAUCCAGGCACCAACUAACCUGUAUCUCUCCUGUCCUCUCCAUACAGGCACCAACUAACCUGUAUCUCUCCUGUCCUCUCCAUACAGGCACAACUAACCUGUAUCUCCAUGCACCAACUACUGUAUCUCUCCUGUCCUCUCCAUCCAGGCACCAACUAACCUGUAUCUCUCCUGUCCUCUCCAUAACAGGCACCAACUAACCUCUAUCUUUCCUGUCCUCUCCAUCCAGGCACCAACUAACCUGUAAUCUCUCCUGUCCUCUCCAUCCAGGCACCAACUAAACCUGUAUCUCUCCUGUCCUCUCCAUACAGGCACCAACUAACCUGUAUCUCUCCUGUCUCUCCAUACAGGCACCAACUAACCUGUAUCUCUCCUGUCCUCUCCAUCCAGGCACCAACUAACCUGUAUCUCUCCUGUCCUCUCCAUACAGCACCAACUACCUCUAUCCCCCUGUAUCUCUCCAUACAGGCACCAACUACCUGUAUCCUCCAUACAGGCACCAACUAACCUGUAUCUCUCCUGUCCUCUCCAUACAGGCAACCAACUAACCUGUAUCUCUCCCUGUCCUCUCCAUACAGGCACCAACUAACCUGUAUCUCUCCUGUCCUCUCCAUACAGGCACCAACUAACCUGUACUCUCCUGUCCUCUCCAUCCAGGCACCAACUAACCUGUAUCUCUCCUGUCCUCUCCAUCAGGCACCAACUAACCUGUAUCUCUCCUGCCAUCUCUCCAUACAGGCACCAACUAACCUGUAUCUCUCUCCUCUCCAUACAGGCACCAACUAACCUGUAUCUCUCCUGUCCUCUCCAUACAGGCACCAACUAACCUGUAUCUCUCCUGUCCUCUCCAUACAGGCACCAAACUAACCUGUAUCUCCUGUCCUCUCCAUACAGGCACCAACUAACCUGUAUCUCUCCUGUCCUCUCCAUCCAGGCACCAACUAACCUGUAUCUCUCCUGUCCUCUCCAUCAGGCACCAACUAACCUGUAUCUCUCCUGUCCCUCUCCAUACAGGCACCAACUAACCUGUAUCUCUCCUGUCCUCUCCAUACAGGCACCAACUAACCUGUAUCGUCCUCCAUAGGCACCACUAACGUAUCUCCCCUGUCCUUCAUACAGGCACCAACUAACCUGUAUCUCUCCUGUCCUCUCCAUCCAGGCACCAACUAACCUGUAUCUCUCCUGUCCUCUCCAUCCAGGCACCAACUAACCUGUAUCUCUCCUGUCCUUCCAUCAGGCACCAACUAACCUGUAUCUCUCCUGUCCUCUCCAUACAGGCACCAAAACUAACCUGUAUCUCUCCUGUCCUCUCCAUACAGGCACCAACUAACCUGUAUCUCUCCUGUCCUCUCCAUCCAGGCACCAUAACCUGAUCCUCGUCUCCCAGGCACAACUAACCUGUAUCUCUCCUGUCUCUCCAUACAGGCACCAACUAACCUGUAUCUCUCCUGUCCUCUCCAUACAGGCACCAACUAACCUGUAUCUCUCCUGUCCUCUCCAUACAGGCACCAACUAACCUGUAUCUCUCCUGUCCUCUCCAUACAGGCCAACCAACUAACCUGUAUCUCUCCUGUCCUCUCCAUACAGGCACCAACUAACCUGUAUCUCUCCUGUCCUCUCCAUACAGGCACCAACUAACCUGUAUCUCUCCUGUCCUCUCCAUACAGGCACCAACUAACCUGUAUCUCUCCUGUCCUCUCCAUCCAGGCACCAACUAACCUGUAUCUCUCCUGUCCUCUCCAUCCAGGCACCAACUAACCUGUAUCUCUCCUGUCCUCUCCAUACAGGCACCAACUAACCUGUAUCUCUCCUGUCCUCUCCAUCCAGGCACCAACUAACCUGUAUCUCUCCUGUCCUCUCCAUCCAGGCACCAACUAACCUGUAUCUCUCUGUCCUCUCCAUCAGGCACCAACUAACCUGUAUCUCUCCUGAUCCACAGGCACCAACUAACCUGUAUCUCUCCUGUCCUCUCCAUCCAGGCACCAACUAACCUGUAUCUCUCCUGUCCUCUCCAUCCAGGCACCAACUAACCUGUAUCUCUCCUGUCCUCUCCAUCCAGGCACCAACUAACCUGUAUCUCUCCAUACAGGCACCAACUAACCUGUAUCUCUCCAUACAGGCACCAACUAACCUGUAUCUCUCCUGUCCUCUCCAUCCAGGCACCAGUCAGAGCUCCCAGUCGGUUCAAUCUGGCCUGGUGCACCACUCCCCAGCCCGAGCCUCCGUAACCAGCCAGUCCUCAUCGUACCGCUAUAACAGCAGCCGCCACUCAUCUCUCCGUACCUCGGCCACAGGCCUGGAGCCCUGCCGGCGCUCCUCCACCAGCCAGCUGUCCCUCCGCACCCUCCCCACCUCCCUGCAGCUCCGCCUGGGCUCAGGGUCCUCCUCGGACCCCUCCGCCUCACUCUCCUCCCACAGUAUCCCACCCUGUAAGAGACAUACCCUAGUGGGCCUGCUGGGGAACGACGGGCUGUGUAGCGCCAUGGCUGACCCGCUGGGUCAACACCAUCACCACAACCAACACAACCCGGCUCUGUCCACCGUACGACGAGACGACAUCUCCUACAGAGUGCAGGUUGGUCAGGAGAAAAACCUAACGCUUCGAUAGAACUGUUUCUGAGGUAUUAAAGGGACAGUUCACCUAAACUAGAAAAUAAGUUAUGUUUCCUUUUCCAUAGACUGCUUUCAGGGUAAAGAAACAUACAAGUAAUUUAGAAAUUUGUAGGAUGGAUACUUUACUUUAGAUCAGUGUUUCUCAAAUCCAGUCCUCAAGCCCCUUGAUAAGUUGAAUGAGGUGUGCUUAUCCGGGCUAUUGAGAAACACUGCUUUAGAAAACCAACAAAGGUCAAAUCAAAGUUAUUUGACGGUGCUGUUCUGACUAGGUGUGAUUUAAUGUACUUACCCCACCAGAUCGUGGAUGUGAGCCAGGUGCUGGAGAUCAUUAACCUGUCGAAGCGGAAGGAGCUGCAGUGGCCCGACGAGACGGUGAGGCUGAGGGCAGGACGCAGCUGCUGGAGAGACUGGCGCCCCCUGGAGGGCAUGGAGGGACAUGUAAGUCCCUCUACCCCCCUCAUCUCAGUCAAGUUUACAAGAAUCACUUCUAGCAUUUUUAUACAAUUUCAAUAUAUUGAUGCUGUAUUCAAUAUUAUAUUCAGUAUUAAAUGUAUCGAUACAUAUCAAGGAAUUACUUUCUGUUCUUACUCACCUCUUCUCUCUCUCUUUCCGAUUCCUUCAUGCUUCCUCCCCUCUGCUGUCUCCGUCACCAACCCUUCUCUCUCUUCCUUCUCUAUCUCUCUCUCCCCCCUCCGUCGUCACCAACCCUUCUCUAUCUCUCUCUCCCCCCUCCGUCGUCACCAACCCUUCUCUAUCUCUCUCUCCCCCCUCCGUCGUCACCAACCCUUCUCUCCAGGUGAUUCACCGGUGGGUGCCUUGUAGCCGUGACCUCACCAGCCGCUCCCAUAUAGACAAGACCAUCCUGCUGGUUCAGGUGGAUGAUAAACUGGUCCCCAUCAUAGAGACUGGGGUCAUAGAGCUGGGAGCCGAGGUCUGA